AUGUCCAAAGAAGGUUAUACUACCGAAAAGAAAGAGGGUGAAAGUAAAGUUGUUUUAGAGCGCUUACAGUCUUAUUUAAAGGAUAAGAGAGUUAGUGAAUCGUCUGAGUCCAGUGUCAUCUACAGCAAGCCAAAUAUAGGUUUGGUCUUUGAAGAAACUUCAGCGGUUCCGACCAUAGAAGAUAACAGCAGCAACGUGCUUCGUGACGUUCUAAAUCACAAGAAGGCUGAGCUGCUCCGCCAGCCUGAAGUCAUAGCAUUUCUAAAGACACUAUCAGCUGAUUUAAAAAAAUAA